AUGUCUUGCCCCACGAUCAUUCUUAUUCGGGCCGCUGGUCGUUCAGUCCGGGCGAGAUUGAUGAGCGAAAAAAACCCGGAAGUGGUCGAGUUAGUCAGAUCUCAGCUGCCGUUAGCCAGCUUCGCUCUAUACCCUAACGUUUCCGGCGAAGGCUUCUUAAUGCCUACAACGAUCACCUAUACUGGACCUGGCCAAAUUGUGGAUCGCCAUCAAGGGGCGGCUUAUCUGUACGCGCCGGGGCAGUCGAUUGUCGUGACGUAUGGUCAGACGCACGAAAGCGCGUGUGUCAAUAGGUUUGCAGAGGUUCUCCAGGAAGAUCUAUCAGAGCUGACGGCGAUGGGGAGUGCAGUUUACAGCGACACCUUGGCGACCGCACAGCAUAAAGUGGUAUCCAUUGAGGUCAGCAUACCUGGUGACGAGAAUACACCAUCGAUCGCUCUAUAUGCCCCUCAGAGCGUCCAAUUUGGUAGCAGCUGGAAAGAUGUCGAAGCCAUCUUUUUCGCCGAAGCAAUACGCGCGCUCAGUACCGAACCCGGAGAGAUCCGCACUUGCUUCGCGGGAAUCAUUCCGAGUGGCAUGGGAACCGGCGGGAACGCUCUUCCCGUUUGGAUGCACCAGUGGAGCUAUUUGAUGACUGAUGGUCCAAAUACCCUCUAUCGGUUCCUCAUGGAUGCUGAGAUUCACGGCAUAACUCUGGAAAUAAUGGUCGAC